AUGCCUGAUCUUGUUCAUAAGAAUGUGAUGUUAGAGAACUAUAGGAACCUGGUCUCCUUGGGUGUGGAUAACUUCCUUCCAGAAUUCCUUAUCCGUCCCCUUUUUGGAGGAAAAGAAGAAUCACUGAGAUGUGAAGGGAAUGGAGACAGUAGCUGUAUAACCAGGUAUGUGCGAAUGGAUGAAGCAGAUGACACAGGUCUUAUUACCCAUGAGACCAUCCAUAUUGGAGAGAAGAAUUACACAUUUAGCGAAUGUGGUAGAGUUCUUAACCAGUCUUCGAAACUUACUCAACAUCAGGGUAGUCACACUAGGAAAGAACAUUACAAGUGUAAUAAAUGUGGGAAAGUCUAUAAUCAGUUAUUAAAUCUAAAUAGACAUAGGAAAAUCCAUACUGGAGGGAAACAUUACAAAUCUAAAGAAUGUGGCAAAGCCUUUACCCAAUGCUCAGUUCUUAAUCAACAUCAGAGUAUUCAUACUGGGGAGAAACCAUACACAUGUAAAGUAUGUUGUAAAACCUUUACCCAUUGCUCAAAUCUUACUCAACACCAGGUAAUUCAUAAGCGGAGAAAUAUGGCAAAGUUUUUUGCCAAAUAUGGCAAAACUUUUAACCAGAGCUGUCACCUCCCUCAACAUCAGAGAGUGCAUGCAGGAGAGAGACCCUACAAGUGUAAUAAGUGA